AUGCAUCGUUGUUUCCACAUUGUUCUACCUGUACUCUUCGUUAUUAUCUCAGGUGCAUUCAGUAUUGCGCCUGGUGAUCCGUUUUCAAUUGAUACCGACAAUCGUUCUGAGUCUUCUGAACGGUUAACUUCGAAACAUGCUUUUAAUACAACACAAUCGGCGAUUGAAUCGAAAUUAAUUGAUAAAUAUCUUCUAGAAAAUCAAUUAACAGUCAUCGAUUCAAAUAAAACAUUCAUCCAUGAAAAUAAACUACUACCUUCAACAACCAUGGAACCUGUACGAGAAGCUUUUCGUAUCCAUAGAAAACAUUUAACUCAAAUUGCACAAUGGAAAUAUACAGAUCCUGAAACUCAUCAAACUCGUUAUUGGUAUCAUACGGUUGGCAGUCGGAUGGGUGAUGGGUGGAUAUUUGAUGGUAUUCUUUGUCAAGCAUAUACUCAAGCGAAACCUGAUACAAUUCCAAUUCAUGGUUUUCAUUCGGAAUCAAAAGACAUUUGGUUAAAUACGUUACAGACUGAAUCAAAAUUAUUACCGAUUGGAAAUAAUCAAUGGCAAUAUGAUGGAAUCAUUUUCUAUGCUUAUAAAACAUCGAUGAAUUCAAGUUUAUUAAAACCUGUACGAAGAUAUUGGAAUAAAAUUAAUUAUGGUACAGAAGAUGUUAGUGAACCACGUCGAUCAUAUUUUCGAAUGGGUGAUUUAACAGAAGACGAUUUACCUGGAUGGAGACUAGAACAUCUAAUUUUCUAUGCUUUUCCACCUGAUUUCAAUGUAACUUUAUUAGAAAAUUGA